AGGUUGAGAGAGAGAGCGAAAAGCGAGGAAAAAGCCAAAAUUUGCACUAGUUGUCAGAAAUCUCAAAUCAAGGCUUCAUAAAUCAUAGUAGUAUAUAUUAAAAUAUUAAAAUAUAUUUAUCGGGUGUGCAUUUUGUAUUGUUAAUACACUGAAUCAUCGCGUAUGAAACGGCAGAGCAGGAGAAAUCUUCGUGGAAGAGGAGAGGGUCGUACCAUAGCAUAGCAUAGCAUAAGCACACAGCAUUGGGUUGGCAAUACCGAUACGGAUACCGCCAGUAGCUCGAUCCAAUCUCGAGAAAUCCAUCCAUCUAUCUAUCAAUCAAUCAGGAAAGGGCGGGCUGGGGGUGUGACAGCAAGAUCAAUUGCAGAGAUUUUCCCAUCUUCGGUUUCUGGGUCGUACUGUCUUCGGGGAAUGGAAGUCAGCUCGAUUGAGUAAUUUGUUUCCCAAGAUUUAGAAAUUGUUUUCCUAAUCUACUCUACUCUACUUUACUUAUGGAGAGUAGAGCAGCUGCACGAGCAGCUCCGGUUCCGUCGCCUGGGUUGCCGCCCCGAGACCAGCUGCUGAAAAAGAUUGAUGAAUUGGAGCAAGGUCAUGCGCACUUGAAGCAAGAGAUGUCGAAGCUCCUCUCCUCUGAAACUAACCGCACCAAGUGGAUGACGAGCAGGGGAGACGCCGUGGCCCCAUGGAGGAGGGAUCCGGCGACGUCGUCUACCAGAUACUCCUGGGGCAACGGCUCCAAUGUCGAAGAAGACGACGAGCAAGAGGAGGAGGAGGAGGAGGAGGUAUUCAUUAGUGUUGCGGACAGGCAGUAUUUGGAUAUACUGGAGGCGAUGGGGCAGGCAGUGCAUGUAAUGGACACGGAGAAUCGCUUGGUUUACUGGAAUCCAAGCUGUGAGACUCUCUAUGGGUAUACAGAAGCAGAAGCUCUGGGUCGGGAUGUGUUCGAGCUGCUGGUGGAUCCUCUCUUCAUCUCUGCGGGCAAUGACAUACUGAGCCGCGUGUCCAGAGGGGAAAGCUGGACGGGGCAGUUCCCCGUCAGGAACAAAUGGGGGGACAGGUUCUCCAUCAUCGCCACCGACACCGCGCUCUACGACGACGCUGGCACUUUUCUUGGAGUCAUAUGCGUCGCGGCUGAUUCCAAACCUUUCAGGGGCCCUAAGCUCAUUGCAUCCUCUCGGAAGCCAGAGCCUCCUCUUCCCGCUCCUGCUAAUGCUGUUGCUGCUGUUGCCGAUCUCAGAACUGCUGCUAGUGCACCUGCUCCGGCCAGGAGACGUGCUGCGAGCAAACUCGGAAAUGAUCAUCAUCAUCACCACCACCACCACCAUCAGCAGCAGCAGCAGCAGCAGCAGCAACAGCAGCCGCCUCUGCAAGUGGCAUUAGCCUCCAAAAUAUCAAUCUUGGCCUCUAAAGUGAGCAACAAGGUGAAAUCGAAAAUGAGGCCCGCAGAGAGCUUAGAUCGUGAUGAUUUUGCUUGGGACGCCCAUGCCCACGCCCAACGCUCAAAUCAAGGCUUUCCAGAUGCUGUGGAAUACCAGCAGGACGAUGCAGCCUCAAGCGGAGCCAGUACACCCAGAGGAGAUGCUCACCGGCCUACUUUUGGAAUACCCAUGCCCGUGCCCGUGCCCCCUGGUGUCGGCAACCCGGAGAGAUAUUCACCAAGUAGGACUACUCAAGAUUCUGGCGACGAGAGAGAAGGGAAGCCCGGUAUUUCUAAGAUUCUUUCCUCCAAGGCCGAGUCUUGGGUUGGUAAAACUGGUUUGACAUGGCCAUGGAAAGGGAACGAGCGUGAACGUGAGCGUGAACGUGAGCGUGAGCGUGAACAACGCGAUGGAGCAGAGCUAAAGCCUUCUCGAUUUGCAUGGCCAUGGUCACAGAAUGACCAGGAGAUUGAGAUUGAGAUCGAGAACGAGAACGAGCAGGGGCGGAAGAGUGAUUCUGAAACAUUAAGAUCAGAGAUUCAUGCCAUGUCAGAAGCCAAUAGUGCAGCUCAUAUUGAGGCUUCAGGUUCUUGGUCCUCUUCAGCUAAUGUUAACAGCACAAGCAGCAGCAGUAGCUACGGGAGCAUAGGGAGUGGUGCUCUUAAUAAAGUUGAUUCGGAUAUUGAUACCUUGGAUUACGAAAUCACUUGGGAAGACAUGACUAUUGGAGAACAAAUCGGACAAGGUUCAUGUGGAACUGUAUAUCACGGUCUGUGGUUUGGAUCAGAUGUUGCAGUCAAGGCGUUCCCGAAACAAGAUUACUCGGACGAUGUUUUACUUUCCUUCCGACAGGAGGUGGCCCUUAUGAAAAGACUUCGCCAUCCAAAUAUUCUCCUCUUCAUGGGUGCUGUUACUUCACCUCAACGUCUUUGCAUUGUUACGGAAUUUCUUCCACGUGGGAGUCUAUUCCGAUUCUUACAGAGGAAUCCCACAAAACUAGAAAAAAGAAGGCGAAUUCACAUGGCUUUGGAUGUAGCCCGUGGUAUGAGUUAUCUUCAUCAUUUCAGUCCACCUAUUGUUCACCGUGAUUUAAAAUCUUCGAAUCUGCUUGUUGACAAGAACUGGACUGUCAAGGUUGGUGACUUUGGUCUCUCUCGUCUGAAACUUGAAACUUACUUGCAAACAAAGACAGGCAAAGGAACGCCUCAAUGGAUGGCUCCCGAAGUUCUCCGCAAUGAACCUUCAGACGAGAAGGCUGAUGUAUAUAGCUACGGAGUAAUUCUCUGGGAACUUGUCACGCAAAAGGUUCCAUGGGAUAACCUCAACGCUAUGCAGGUUAUUGGAGCUGUGGGCUUCAUGAAUCAACGGCUGGAGAUUCCAGAGGAUGUUGAUCCGCAGUGGGCUUCUCUCAUAGAACGUUGCUGCAGCAGCGAGCCAAAGUCGCGGCCGUCAUUCCAAGAAUUGGUGGAGGUGCUGAAAGAUAUGUACAGAAAACAUGCAAUGCAGCUGCAAGCAGGGCGUACUGCUGCCCAAUAAAGGUGUAACAUUUGAUUUGUGUGGUCGUCCAUGGCAAUCGGAUAGCAGAUGAGAUGGCGUCAGCAGCGGAAAACACUGACCUGACCUGAGGAUGCCAUGCUGUUGAUGGGGGGAUUCAUUGUGUUGCUCUCUCUCUCUCUCUCUCUCUUCAGACGUUUGUUUGAGUGCAGAUAAUUCUCAUAUAUACAUACUACUACGCAUGCAUACAUACAUACUACAUACAUACAUUCCAUAUAUAUAUAUAUAUUUAUAUGUAUAAGCAGUGACAAACCAUUCUGUUGAAACUCCAGAGCAUCAUUUGAUUCGAGUAUUCGUUUUGGUCA